AGAUACUUUGCAUCGGACCGCCUUUCCUCCAGGAAAAUCCACAACCGCAAGAAGCACCUGAACGGGGUCCAACACCUGAGGGCCAAGAAGGUCUGGUACGACCUCUUCCGAGCCCCGGGAGGUCGGCGCAACUGUUCCCCCUGCUGGCUAAAACUGGCCCUGGCAGAGCCCUUCCGCCCUGGGGAACAGCCGGGGCCUCCCCCGGGGGAUCCUGGGAAUCCUCCUGCUUGGAUGGGCCCACGGUACGGCCUCCAGGCCGGCUCUCAGGAGGGGCCGGGUCAGAGGGGCCUUGGCUCAAAUUGCCUUCUCUCUUCUCCCCAUCCAGAGGAGCGACUGUCCAGGGAGCAGGAGGUCGUGGAGGUGCCCGAGGGGGGCAUCGAAGACUGGCUGGAGAAGCGGGCCCAGCGGCGGAGCUCUGCCCAGAGCAGCAGUGUGCUGCCAGCCAAGCCGGCCGUCUUCCAGUACCCCCCUGGGUGGCCGCCCCUCCAGGACCUGCCGCCGUCCCUGCGGGCCCCGCCCCCGGGGGGAUGGCCCCCGCAGCCCGGCGCCCAGUGGGGCUGAGAGCGAGGCCGCCUCGUCCGCCGCGGGAGCUCCUCGGGGGUCUCACGGGGGUCGGGGAACCCCUCAUCUCCUAGAUCCCAAUAAAAGGCUCCAGCCUCAG